AUCAAACUUUUUCUAAUUGAAUUAAUUGAAAAAAAUAUAUAUAUAACUGUCUACAGACCAUUGUUGUUUGUCAUUUCCGACAUCUGAAGAAAUUUUGGUGAUAUCUAAAUUAUAAUGGGUUUAGGAGACUAUCCUAAAGAGUAUGAUCCUAAGACGCAUGGGCCUUACGACCCUGCUAAAUAUUAUGGGAAACCUGAUACUCCAUUCGGCGACGUGAAACUGAUUGAACUCCCGGCGUGGUUUGCUCGAAGGACCAAAUCUCCCUCCGCCUUUAUGGGCCUUUGCAGCAGGGCCUGGUGGAGAUGGCAGCACAAGUACAUGCAGCCUCGGAAAGUGGGCGCCGCCCCCUUCUUCCAGAUACUCGUCGCUAAUAUGGUGUUCUUCUACGCGAUUAACUAUGGAAGGAUCAGUCACCACAAGAAUUACAAGUACCACUAGAUAAAACAUUAGGUAUGCAAUUAUGGCAAUUACACCAUUUUAACUUAAUAAUUCUACUAAAAAAUGGUAAACAUUGAAGAUAAUAUUAUAAUUGUUAUUUAAUCCUGAUUUUAAUUUUAAAAAAUGUUGUCAUUGUGUGGUUUCAAUAAAUAUAUUUUUAUAGAUAGUG